UCUGUGUUCAUUCAGCUGUUGCCAAACAUGAACUUGGAGAGGAAUCAGAGUUCUGCAAUGUGGUGUCGAAACCUCCGACAUUAUCACCAGGACGAAGGUUAAUGAGGGGGAAAGAGCUCUGGUGCUCAGUGAAACCACAGAAGAAGAAGAAGAAGAACCGGAAGUCGCUGUGGGAGCUUGAAGAUGUCUGCUCCUAAAAGCAUCCCUAAAGACGCUCAGGUGAUGAUCCAGAUCCUGAAGGACAUGGGGAUCACCGAGUACGAGCCUCGAGUCAUCAACCAGAUGUUGGAGUUCACCUACAGAUACGUGACGACCAUCAUCGAGGACGCCAAAAUCUACGCCACGCACGCCAAGAAGUCCAGCGUGGACGCCGACGACAUCAAACUGGCGAUCCAGUGCCGCAUGGACCAGUCGUUCACCUCGCCGCCACCACGAGACUUCCUGUUGGAGGUGGCGAGGCAGAAGAACCAGACUCCUCUCCCGCUGAUCAAACCGUACACCGGACCCCGACUUCCUCCAGACCGCUACUGUCUGACGGCGCCCAACUACCGACUCAAGACCGUACAGAAGAAGGUGUCGUCGUCUGCCGGCAGGAUAUCGGUGCCUCGCCUCAGCGUAGGCGCCGUCUCCAGCAGACCGAGCACGCCGACCCUCGGAACUCCGUCUGUCACUAAAGUGGGAACUCCAGUGUCUCUGACGGGUCAGAGGUUCACCGUGCAGAUCCCACCGCCCUCUCAGACGGCCACCACCAAAACCACCACGCCGUCCACGCCGGCCGUCUCCAACGUCCUCAUCAACCCGUCUCUGAUCGGCUCCAAGAACAUCCUCAUCACCACCAACAUGGUGUCGCAGAACUCCGGCGGCGGCGACUCGCUGAAGAGGAAGCACGAAGACGACGAUGACUACGACGCUUUAUGACGGCGUGACUGAAGAUUUCUUUUUUUAAAUUCACCUUUUUAAUAUUCUUUAAAAAAUACAGAACUAGGUUUGACCCCUGCUGCUGUCCUCAGCAGACACACCGGGUAGUUAGAGUUCAACCAGAGAAGACCUGUGGGUUCAGACUGGGAGUCAACCAGUACUACCAGUCUGCUGGGAGGUCUCACCUCAGACUGGAUUCACCCUGAAGCUCUGAUGUUCCACUGAUUUACAAUAAACUACGUUCAAAGAAAAU